AAUCGAACCCGGGACCUCUCGGCAUAGUAGUCCGUUCUGAACCACUACACCAAACGGCCGACAAAUCGAUAUUGACUGUCGAUAUUCAUACAUAUUUGGAUUUUGGCAAUAUUGGGACAAGUAUUGUGGCUCAAUUGACGAACACUACAAUUUUAUUUAAUUAAACAAUAAGUAAUGCAAAUAUUGUAUCACAUCUUAUCUUUUAUUUUAUUAAUUUAACAGCAAUAAAAACAAAUUUCACCAAAACAAUUCAUACUCGAUAGUGAUUGCCUAUAUCAGGGAUUUUUUAAACCCAGACUAACGGCACAGGCCUAAGUGGGUUUUCUCUGGCAGUCAGAUUGUCCUGGAGGUUCUUGCAAAAAAAGAAGAAAACUACGUCUAUUAAAUGAAAAAUGAGAAUUCAUUAACUUGUAAAUAGUGAAAUGAAAAGGUCGAAUUCCAGGUUCCUGUUUAAAGAUCAUCAAUUAUAACACUCAUGACUUCCGAAGUUAAUAAGGAGUCCUGGAGUUGGACAUUCAGAAAAUCCUCACGAUUAAUAUUGUCCUGCGUUCUUUAUGACAAGUCCGCCAUACGAAAAUGUAUCAAAAGCUAAUAUUUGGUCAGAUGCGCACGCGUCGACUGCGGUUAUUACUCCUAUGGCGUAAUGUGAUAUGUCGUUACGUCAAAUGUUUGAUUGAUGCAAACAUGUCUGACCUUUACUUUGACUAGUACACUGUCUUUUAGCUUAUUUGUCGGCCAUAAAUACUAGAGGGACAAAGGUAACAAUAUUGCCUGGUUUGUGUUUCAGCUCUCAAAAAUGUGACAUGUGACAAUCCGACUGCGAAUCGAAAGAAGAGGAAGACCUAUCUCUUCAGAGCAUUGAUGACUUAAUAUUAUUAUCUAAACACUGAUGCAUUAAAACCUUGUUUGGUUGGGCGCAUUAGCCCCACGUGGUCUAUAAAAUGAGAGCAUUGACUUAACGUGAUGCUUCGAAUGCUUGCUAAUCAAAUUCGCAAACCGAGUCCAUGCCAUAUCGGUGUCAUUUCUCAGAUGUGCGUUCGCGCAAAUUUCGCCAUUCACGCGUAACGUCAAAUAAAUUGCUUAAUAUUAACACAAACCCAUACUAUUGACAUAAAAUAUUGUUGUUUUCAUUCACCAAUAACCAUAUAUUAUUACUCCAGUUAAUUUUAGCUUCACAUUGACCUUCAAACAUUUCGUCAAUAGUAAUCAGGUUAAGAAUUAAGCAACAAUUUGGCAUGUGUAAACACAAUUAAGAGAGAACUUGCGUCCUAUCCUUGGAGCUCGCUCUAGGUAGAUGGUUUAAUUUUAUUCGCUCCAGCUCAUACAGGAUACCCAGGCCCACGAGGUGGUCAGAUGAUCAGAUGGUCAUUGAGAGAGACGGAAAUCCGAUGAGUGCAAACGGUUUAAGGUUUAUUCGUGUAUAAAAAAUUGUCCUGCUUCAGCCUAGGUUGAACAUUUCAGUAACUAACAGCUCAUUUACCGCUAUUUCCAUUUACUCAAAAAACUUGAUUAAGUUUAAGCAAUUAUCAUGCUGAAAUGUCUAGUGUUACAAAAUAUGCCCUUGAUUUUUUUUGUAUCUGCAAAAUGUACCUACUUACUGAUGCGUUAAAUACCCAUAUUUUAUAUGUUAUCAGACCAAUAGAUGUUCCAAUGGCCGCUGACGGUCUCGGAACAGGUUCCGAACUGUUACCUAAAAGUUGCGCUUGCGCCGAGCGAGAAAUGUUGCUAGGGCUGCCAUAAUAAUUAUAAUAUAAUAUUAUGUAGGUACUUGUUCAGACUGUCACGCUAGUUAUAAAUCUGAAACUAAUCAGAGCUUAAGCUAAUUACUUAAACGACCUAUUUGCAUUUAAUAUCUCUGUAAUAUAAAUAAUAUGAAAACAAUUAAGUACAUAAUAGGUUUUGUGUAAAAUGUUCACUCGAAGCCUGUUAUAGAAACGCUCGGCGUAUUUAAAAUGCACAUAUACUGCGUCGUGUAAUUGAUGUAAUUUUUAUUAUUUUAUUUUAUUACCGUUACUAAUUUUAGUCUUAUUUUACUUCCAACUUCCAAGGUCCAACCCUACUUGACAAUGACACUGAGGAGCAAAGCAACUAAACUUUAAUUGUUAUAAUGACCUACUGCCAUUAGCAGACACCUUACUCACUUACGUUGAAAGUGUUUAAAAUUUAUUGAAGUUAAAAACUCAACGGGCGAAAUUAACAUUGCAAAUACUAGUUUCGUUUACAUAUAAAUGAUAAAACAUCAUUAAUCCAGUUUAAUUUCAUAAAAUACCUAAUUCAUUUCAAUGUCAUUCUAUAAAUACAACAAAUAAUACACUACUAAGAUUAAGCUCAUGGCUGCUGAAAGCACUGCACACGAGUGUUGCGUGACCCUGAAAACCUUACGGGCUACGUCUGCUAAUGAAACGUCAUAGCAUAAUGCCUGCAGCAGCCUCAUUAACAACAAAUAAAGCUUGAAUACGAUUAGCACGCAAUGCGAUGUCUUUAUCAACUUUAUUUGAAAAUAGAACCUGCGCCUGCGCAACUUGACAGCUGAGACCUCAGUGCCUGUCCGACUUUCGCAGGGAACGGUCGUGUCGCGCUUCCGUGCCAACAGCGCGAUUUGACGUACGCGUAACACACGUUAGCUUGACCGGCUUCCGAUAACUUUGUUUUGAUGUGUUCUAAGGUGUUCUGUGAAGUGUCAAUAAGUUAACACCGAGGAGCAUUGUAAGUCGGCUCGGGCGCGCGCCGCGAUCCGCGUGAUGGCGGCGGGCCGGCAACUUAGGCUGCUCCUGUGGAAGGACUACCUCAUCCGCAGAAGAAAGCUGAUAACCCUGUUCGGCGUAGCGUGGGCCACGCUGGUGAUGCUGUGCCUGUACGUCGUGCGCAUCAACAUCGACAACCAGGACUUCCCCACAUGCCAGUUCAGCGCGCGCGCGCUGCCGAGCGCCGGCAUACUGCCGUUCGUGCAGUCAUUCGUGUGCAGCGUCAACAACGAAUGCGAGCCCAUGGACCGCUUCCAAGAGGUGCCUACUUACGAGAAUGCCAAAUUAACGCAGCUGCAACGAAAGUUCUCUCCGCUCCUGCACAAUGAAACAGUCCUGGAGGUAGCAGGCACGGUACCCGACGCGCUGCGACUGCUCGCUACCUGCGCUGACGUCCUGGACCAUCCCAUAAUGAUUGAGAUCAGCAAAAACGGUAUCCGAGUGGAGAGCUUGUUUGCGAACCCGGCGCGCGCGCGGCGGCGCGUUGCGGCUCUUUUGGACGUGUCAGAUGAGCUGGCUGCUGACGUCAUGACUGCGCAGCUCAGCUUCAAGGGGAUAUUCAAAGGCAAUAUAAACAGAUGUAACGCAGACUCCAUAGGAGAGCUAAUCAAGAUGGAAGAUAAGGAGAAUUUACAGGUGUUCGUGAGGAAACUGUGCAGCAUGACCGACAAGGACCUGCAGAGGAUGGCCAUGGACUUGAUAUUUGAAAUCAACUUCGGAAAGUAUCUUAGAAUGAUAGGCGACAUGUACUUCAAGCUAUCGGGCGACAACCGAAUCACCGCCUUAGCCGAGUUGGCCACGGCAGCGCUGCGCAUGACCAAACUGGACAGCUUCCUGCCUCCCGCGGUGACUACCCUCUUUAGCGGACGGGAGGUGGACUUCAGCUAUUUUAACGUCACUCUAAUAUCAAAGCUAAUGAAAGAACUCCAGCCUACAUUCUCAGGCACCAAAGCCUUCGGCAUCCUCAAAGACGCCUCUGACAUGAUAACCAUGGCUUUGGAAUACUUGGACAAGCUGGUUGUGGCAAAGUCUGCCAACCCCGUGAGAGAUACUGCCGGCCUUAUAAUAAACCAAGUUGGCAAAACGAACGCCAGUGACUUGAGUGCCAUAUCAAAAGCAUUUAAUGAAGCAGUUGAACUGAUUGAAUCUAAUGAAAAUUCUAUAAAUAUAUUUAAGAUUUUAGCCCAAGUAAUGAAUUUCGUAAACAAAUUCUUGCCAGAGGCCACAAGGCACGAGGUGUUAUUCUACGCCACGCUGCUGGCCAAACUCGUGGAGGGGGCCACACAGGUCGUCAGCGUCAACCUCAACAUACAGGAGGUGGCCUAUGACGUCAGCACGAGGCACCCGGAGGGGGUCCAAGUGUUGAUGGCCCUCCCGCUGCCCAUAGUGAGGAAAGGAUUCGAGGGCCUGGCUGAUGCUGAAAGAGUGCAGCUAAUGACGUCGAAGCUGAACGUCCGCGGACAAGUUUUCUGUGACGUCAACAAACUGGCGGGGUUCUUCGCUGUAUCCAAAGACGAAGCGGUUACUCUGAAGAAACAGCUGUGCACAGAUGCCUGGAAAAACUACAUGGGAGACUUCAUACAGUCCUUCGGGAUAUACGACGUUAAGGAUAUCAUAAACAACAUGGCAUCCAUAGUGGUCCAAGAGACUUUCGGCAAGGACGUGUCCGACCAGCUCUACACCAUAGACAAAGACUUCGAGAUCCUGCAGAACUUCACCGACACGCUGGUAAAGCGGGAGUCGAAGGGAACGAGACACAUCGACUGGAACGCGCUGUUCAACGUGACAGAUGAUUCGGAGUUCAUGAGGAUUUUUACAGAGAGAGGACACUUGGGGAAGCAAAUUUUAAUAACAGUCCACGGCGCUCUCGCCAAGGAGGUAGUCAAACAAAACGCCAUAUUAGAGUACAAGAUAUCGCCCAUACUGCUGGACCUGAUGACGGUGGUGCUUGCCAUCCAGGAGCAACUCGCGCUGACGCCGCGCCACGUCACCGAGGCGGUGAAGACACUGUACCCGGCUAUAGUGGAGACCAUGCUGAAUACUUUGCUGGAUGAGAAUAAGACAUACAAAUCCCUCUCCACGGCAAGUGAAGACGUGGUGUGCGCGGGCGCAGACACAGCAGCUACAUACCUCGCACUGCCGCAAGAAAACAGAGAGCAACUUGUCAGCGCGCUGUGCAACGCCACGCUGGCUAUUGACGCUGGCUUGAAGAACGACUCCGCUGUCGGGAAAGCUAUAGCAGCCGUAAAGAAGUCAUCUCACAUCCUCGACGAAGUGAACUGGACGAAGCUCAUCGACGGCCUUAAGAAUGUCUACGUAAAGCUAGACCAAGACUACCCAUACUUGUUCGAGUUUGCGUCCUACGGCAUGGACGUUAAGGAGCAAAGUCGCGUGAAGGAGCUGAUGGAUAAGGCGAGGGACUACUGGUUCAGUAUCAAGAGUUUGGAGAGGAGCUUGCACUUGAGUAUCAAGCUGGUGUUCCGCCUUCUCGACUUGGUGGACCGAGGAGCGUUCGACCUCCAUAGCGAGGGUUGGUUGAAGAUGAAGCACGCCUUCAGCUCUUUGCAAGCGCCGCUGGCUGUAGUUGACGACUUCAUUAGGCUGCUCACUGCGUUGGCCCACAACGAGAGCUUUUCCUCAAGCCUGCCCGCUAAGACGUCGCAGGCUCUGUCGGCCAUCAUCCCCAACAUACCGCAGUUGGUGGUGGAAGUCGUCAACAUGAUCGUCAGCGGAGAUGUCGACCUACAGCCAAUCAUCUCCCUAAUGAACGGUGAGCCGGCCUGGCCAUGCGGCAGCAGCGUGACCGACGUCUUACAACUAUCGGCUGCCUCCAAGGAAGCUGUCACGGCUGCCGAACGCGCCAUGUGUGUCGACAACGGACUGCAGGACGAGUGGGCGGAGUUUGUGAAGGACAGACACAUUUCCUUAUACAAUGCCAGUACAUGGAACAGCACAGCCUUCGGUCCGCACGUAUUCCUGCAAUUCUCGUCAACCUUCGACGCCCUGGUGGAAGAUACGACCCUGAUAAAGGAGCUCGUGCUUGACCUGGUCAACGAAUCCAGAACUGAUGCGCCAUUGACGAUAGUCGGCGCGUGGAAGUAUGCCGCUGGGCUGUUUGAAGGGACUGACAGGAAUGACACUUUGAGGAGUAUGUUCUCAAACAUCGACGCCCUCCUCAAAAGCAUCACUACAACACCUCCGGUCCAAUCCGUCAGUGCCCUCUGGGAGGGCUACGCCAAGUGUAAGCCCUCUGAAGGCUGCGGAGACUUGCGAAGAGCAGCGCUCAAGUACUCCUUCCAAGCUGUGUCGGUGGUUCUUGAUAAUGUCGCUGGAGAUCUACUAACUUACUUCAGGGAAGUCAACGAGCCAGAUUCAAACCUGCUGCAAAUGGUUGGGUUCACCAAAUCGACCGGCUUAUACAUCCUGUUCGACAAGCUCCCGGAAUUCGUGGCCGCUCUGCUCAACUCCUACUUUGACUACGGAUUUAUGAGUCAGAUCCGUCGUGCCUCCCUAACCGACUUCUGGGACUGCCAAGAAGUUCUGUCCUCGCUUGCACCAGCGGCCGGCAGCAGCAUAGACAAGGAGACAGUCAAGAAGGUGCAGCCCUUCGUGUGUCCUUCGCUGUUGUACUGGAUCUCACUUCCACGCGGGGACAAUACGUUCUUGGACGUCGUGGCCAAACCGCAAUACAUAUUCUACACGCUCCCAGCACAAAACUUGACGAGCAGCUUCGAAGCUGCAUUCAAUAAAGCUUCAGAACUCAGCAGCUUUCUCUCAAACAUAUCCAUCAAGAACCAAACAGUUUUACCGGAAGAAGACACUACACCUGAUUCUUUAGAGGCAAAACUGCAAAAGACUGUCGAUAGCGUCCUCAACUACAAAAUUGACGAAACCGACCCUUCGUACAGAUUGUUCAAUGAAAUAAACAAAAAACAAUUCAUUUCAAUGACCUACCUGACUAGAAUAACGGCUAUGACCAACAAACUGGCGGUAGCCAUAGAAAAUUUAAAAGCAAACGAUAUAAACAACGGUUACACUGAAGAAGAGGCAAAAAAACUUGAUUCCGACAUAAAUUAUAUCAGCAGGAUAUUCAAAAGAAGACCGUACGAGGCUAUAGCUAUACAUUUUGAUGUUAUAACCUACAUGUUAUCAACUAACAACGAUUUUGACUUAGUCAAAACCUUUGACACUAUUUGCGAAGACUUCAACAAUACUAACAUAGAUAUACUUAUCGAAGAUCAUAGAAGUAAAAGUAAAGUGUGCAGUAAGCAAUAUAAAGUGAUAUAUGGGGCAGUACAAAACGUUAUCGCCGAUGAUUUGAAGGGAGCAAAGGACAGUUUGGAUAAUUUGCUAAAGGCUCUGCAGGACGACAGUGAAGAAGCCGUGGAUGUCGCGAGAUUCUUUAGAGACAGAAAGAAACUAAUAUCGUCCCUAAGAUCGUCCGUCAAGUACUCUUACGACCUGGGCCUUGCUAUCUACCUGCAAUAUCUACAAAGCAGCUUACAGCAAUACGGCAUCGUACUGUCUUUCCUCGCCGGCGCCGACUGGUGGGCGGGGCUUAGAGCGCAGUACAAAGGACUACGGGUUGCAGGCUUCCUGGAUGCCGUGGAGACCAGCUUUGAAGUAGCAGGGGACGUGUUGACUAAGCUGGAUGAGAUACGAUUAGUCCGCCUCCUACACGACGUGAACGUGAACGACACGGCUUCCUUCUGCCGGGACAACGUGUCCCUCGCCGACUAUAUGCCAGACUCCACCGGGACAUUGUCCCGGUUGAAGAAACAGAUAUGCAGCGCAGACAAGACUGAAUUGUUUAGGGAAAUACCGCCGCUGGUGUUCGCUUCGCAGGGCUUCGAAGACGAUCUCCAACUGCCGAGAGAGAUCAACUACACGGCCUUGUACUCAGACAUCUCCUCCACUGAGUCCCUCUUAGAAUCUAUUCGCAAUGGACCCAAGGCGCCGCUACGACCCAAGUGGAUCACCGAUGAGAAGAUCAAAGGAUUGCGAGGAACCGCCCUGAAGCUGCUGUCCAAGGAAACCUUAACGAGGAUAUCUUUUGGCGUGCUGGGGAAUGUGGUUGAUGCUGGGACGUUAUUCUUGAAUACCAGUCAGUGCACGCUGUGCUCGCCGCUGACAACAUGGCUGAAGCAGCUGAGCCUUCAGCUGUACAAGAAGCAAGAAUAUGACGCGCUGCUGUGCCGCCUGCAUACUGUUUCACUGGAGGAAGUACACCAUGUCUUGAACAAUGAGUUCCACUGGGACAUGGCAAUUAGGGAGCUGAUCUCGUUCCGCAACUACACCAAGUACGAGCUGAACAAGUCAUUAAACGAGCUGCUGGGACAAAUCAAGCUGCACCUGCUGGAAGACAUGGCCGCCGACACCAGCCGCCUGGCCGCCUGCCUGGCGGGCAACGUCACGAGGAACGAGUUCGGACACGCUGCGCUUUUCCUCACAGUCCUCGCUCAGACGAAUACCCUCAUCCGAGCAGAACUGCCCCACUUACACGAGAUAGACGGCGUGAAAGAAGUAGCUUUCCUCAAGGAGCUGGCUUCACAGAUAGCUCCCAACUUGGAUGUCUACGUGCCGCUGAAGCAGUACUUGAAAGAUGGGAACAGCUUGGAACAAGACUUGAGGAAGUUAGGAGACGAGCUGGCGAUGAAAGUGCGGGAGGGUGACGUGAAUUUGAGACUGCUUAAAAAAUCUCUGGACCAAAACUCUAUGGAAAACUUUGUGGUGCUACAAAACCGUAGUCUUGGUGAGUUGUGCCCUCACUCGGAUUGUGCGGUUCUUAUAAAUAUUAUCAAGAAUAACGUGAACUCUACGCUAAUUGCUAAAGAUUUACCAAAACUCCAAGAAACGGAGUUCUGGAAGUUCCAGCACGUGUCGAACUUCUUGUUCCACGUAGAACAGCUGCUCAAACACCUGGGCAGGCUGGUGGGGCUGGCCAGCACCAUGGACGUAGCUGGAGUGUUGAAAGGAAGACUCGCGCCUACCCUCGACUUGGUAUUGGAGAUACUGGCUGAGGAUCCCCUCAAUAGCGUCAUCUACAGUAUCCACGGCAUCCUUGAACAGCUGCGGCCGCUGCUAGGCAACUCCACCCUGGAGCACGAUCUGCAGGCCCUGACAAGCGGACUUCAAGUGCUGCAUCAGUACAAAACCUAUCUGGAGAAACAGGACUUCAAAAUCCCGGUGUGGGAGGUGUUCUUGAGCCUGGACCGCGUGGAGUCGGCGCUUGCGGCGCUGGGCAUCAACAACACCAACUUCUGGUCUAUUGCUGCGCCGCGCAUACACGCCGGGUACAUACUGCUCAAGCCGAUCCUCUCCUGGAAGCCAGGCGACCACAUAGCCAACUACGUGUGCCAGCUGGAAGCCAUGUCGCGCGCGCUGCAGCCGGCCGACCUGGGCGUGGUGUCGCGCGAUGACGUCAGCGGCGCCGUGGCCGAGCAGCUGUGCGGCCUGCCCGACGAGCGCGCCAAGCAGCUGCUCGCGGCUCUGAUGCACAACUUGAACUUCAGCUAUAUUGUGGACAAGGCUUUAGAAGCCAUGUCGCGCGCGCUGCAGCCGGCCGACCUGGGCGUGGUGUCGCGCGAUGACGUCAGCGGCGCCGUGGCCGAGCAGCUGUGCGGCCUGCCCGACGAGCGCGCCAAGCAGCUGCUCGCGGCUCUGAUGCACAACUUGAACUUCAGCUAUAUUGUGGACAAGGUGACCGCAGCCCUCCUCGUGCAACUGUACACAGCCUCCAACCUCACAGAAGCAGAGGGCACAGCAGUAACGCAAGGUCUACCGCGUAUGGCCGCCGUGCUGCCUUCAGUACAGGCUCAGAUCAGCGAGGUGGCGGACUCUUUCGCUGAAGAGCCAUUAUUCAAGAGCCUGGCCAACUUCAGCUCCGUCGGAGGACUGCUGGGAUCGUCCGAGUUCCUGGCUAGCGCGGGCAACAUGCUGUGCGGGACGCCAUUCUCGGCCGCUGUACCGCGCCUCUACCGAAGCGUCAUCGCCAGCCCCGACAAGGCUGACAAGCCUGAUGAGCGACAACUACAAGCACUGCCUACGGAUUUCUGCCGCUCGCUGUACGCAGACGUGACGGCGCUGCAGGGCGGCAAGGUGGUGUGGAGUUUCAUCAAGCCGCUGCUCAUGGGCCGCGUGCUCUACGCGCCGCCCGGGCCUGCUGUCGACAGGAUCAUACGACAAGUAGGUUUCAAUCCUUAUUUAUACCAUUAUUGUGAAGGUAUUAAAGAAAUCAAAGAGGCGAUCGAGCGAAACAAGGGCUCUAAAGUGUUCGCAAGAGAUCUCCGUCUAGCAUUGCGGUUCAAGCCCCAUAUAAACAUGGUGUAA